UUGUUGGAGACCGAACCACUGCAAGGAAGAGAUGAAGAUGCAAUAGCCAGUGCUGACUCCCCUAGCAUGCUCUCCGAGGAAGAAAAAGAAGAGUUAAAGGCAGAACUAGUUCAGCUGGAAGACGAAAUUACAACCUUACGACAAGUUUUAUCAGCGAAAGAAAGGCGUCUUGUGGAGAUAAAACAAAAACUCGGCAUGAACCUGAUGAAUGAAUUAAAACAGAACUUUAGCAGAGGCUGGCAUGACGUGCAGACCACUACUGCCUACAAGAAAACACAUGAAACCCUGAGUCAUGCGGGGCAGAAGGCAACUGCGGCUUUCAGCAACGUUGGGACAGCCAUCAGCAAGAAGUUUGGAGACAUGAGGUCUCAUUCCAUCGGCUACUCCAUUCGCCAUUCCAUAAGUAUGCCUGCAAUGAGGAAUUCUCCUACUUUCAAAUCAUUUGAGGAGAGGGUUGAGACAACUGUCACAAGCCUUAAGACGAAAGUAGGCGGGGCGAACCACGGCGGCGGCAGCUUCGAGGAGGUGCUGAGCUCCGCGGCCCACGCCAGCGCGCAGAGCUCGGCCGGCGGCCCCCGGCUGGCCGAGGGGGCGGAGCUACAGUGCUAG